AAAAAGUAAAAAAAAAAAAAAAACCUUUAAUUUCCUUUUGUAUUGACGAUUAUAGACAAUUCCGGUUGAAGUUCACUAACGUUCACUCUGUUAGAGCAUUUUGGUCUGGUGUGUUCUUGAAACAUUCCAAUAUUGCCAAGUGUUCGUUCCACAUUGAAAAAUUUCUCUUUUUUCUGAUUAAAUUUCGCCUUGCGCCAAAAGCGCCAAUAAGAAUCCGAUGCUGCAUGUUUCACCCAUGACACAGUGAAUGAAGUUGCUCACAAAGAAAAAGACCAAUCACGUACGAAGGAGGAGCCUAUAAAUUCGACAAGGAAGAAGCGUCUUUCUUGGUUCUGUUGUUCUUGACUCUCCCUCUAACUUUAAUUAAGCAAUGACUCCUCCUCUUACGCAUGAUACUGUAAACGAUACCGGUUCGGAUGAUUCCGCCUUCACUUUGCAGGAUCUUAUCCGUGAAAUUCAUGCUGUGCUUGGCCCAGAUGGUGGUCUAGAUUCAGAUCACAUCGAUCCUAAUGACAUUGUUCGCCUCAUGGAGAAAUACAAUUCAAAUACGGCUGAUUGGAACAAGUAUACUCACUUUGAUCACUCGAGAUCAUACACUCGAAACCUCGUUGAUGAUGGCAACGGCAAGUUCAACCUCAUGGUUUUGGCGUGGAGCAAAGGCAAACAGAGCCCUAUCCAUGACCAUGCCGGUUCUCACUGCGUGAUGAAAGUAUUAGAUGGUGAUAUUCGUGAGAUAAAGUAUGAAUAUCCCAAGAAUGUGGUGCAAGACACAAGCGAAUACGACAUCACAAGCAUGACUGAGCAACCACUCGACGACGCCAAUCAAUCGCCACUUCAUGUCACGAAAGACUCCACCUAUAAACCGAAUCAGGUCGCCUAUAUCCAUGAUAAAAUCGGUCUUCAUCGAGUGACAAAUCCAAGUACGGAACACGGUGCCGUCUCGUUACAUUUGUACACGCCUCCCUACCAGAUGUGCAAGACCUUUGAAGAAAAAAGCGGACGUGCAAGAUGCAAAAGCUCGUGUGCGUUUUACUCGAUAGCUGGGGCCAAGUGUUGCUCCGAUACGCAAUGAAGAAAGGAUUGUAAAAUUAACAUGACCAAAAAAAAAAAAAAAAAAAAAGAA